GGUUGAAAGGUUGAGCGCAACCCCGUUGUCGGUCGUGAAAGUGUUAACGGUCUCCAUUCUGUCCCCAGCCGCACCCCUCCUCCCCCGGCCCCAUCCCUGUCCCCACCCAUCCCCCUUCCCACCCCUUUUCCUCCUCUCGUUUCACCAUGACCAAAUGAACACUCGGGGAAUGAAAUUUAAAUUCCGCAAAGGAGAACGAGUCCUCUGUUUCGAGCCAGACCCGACAAAGGCCAAGGUUUUAUACGAUGCCAAGAUUGUUGAUGUAGAAGUCAGUAGAGAUGAAAAAGGCCGAAAGAUCCCAGAAUAUCUGAUUCAUUUUAAUGGUUGGAACAGAAGCUGGGAUAGAUGGGCAGCAGAAGAUCAUGUACUUCGUGACACAGAUGAAAAUCGCAGAUUACAGCGUAAAUUGGCCAAGAAAGCUGUGGCUCGCAUGAAAAACAAAGGGAAAAAGAAGCGUCGUUGCCGGCUACCUGGUGUUGACUCAGUGCUAAAAAGUCUCCCUGCAGAUGAAAAGGAAGAGAAUGAUGAAAACUCUUUAAGUGCUACUUCUAACGAUGAUGUCGAUGACGACGACGAUGAUGACAAUGAUAUAGAUGGCACAGAUGACGAAUCAUUAGAGUGUGAAGAUGACAGUGAACCAGAAGAAAUAAUAGAAAUGAAGGAUGAUCAAGAGACUUGUUCUAAAAAGGAGAUGGAAGAGAAAACCAUAAACAUAGAAAUUCCAGACAUAUUGAAAAAGAAACUUGAGGAUGAUUGCUAUUACAUCAACAAAAGAAAAAAGUUGGUGAAGCUUCCAUGUCAGACGAACAUUAUUAAUAUUUUGGAAUCCUAUGUGAAACAUUUUGCAAUCAAUGCAGCCUUUUCAGCCAAUGAAAGGUGUCGUCAUCAUCAAAGUAAUUCACAGAUUCCAAUGAAUCCUCAUUACAUUCCACCUGAGAAAAAUGUUGAACUUUGUAAAGAAAUGGUGGAUGGUUUAAGAAUCACAUUUGACUUUACAUUACCCAUGAUUUUGCUGUACCAGUAUGAACAUGCUCAGUUCAAGAAGGUCACUUCAUCUAAGUUCUUUGUUCCGAUUAAGGAAACAUUGUCAAAUGUUAGACCUCAAAAGGAACAUUCACCAAGUCCUCCUCCUCUUCUGAACCCGUCAACACCCCAAUCCACAGAUAGUCAGCCGUUGUCGGGAGACCCUGCAACCCCAAAACGACGAAAAAUUGAUCCUGAAUCUGUACAGUCAUUGAGGCGAUCAGCACGCCAUGCAUCAGGGUGUGACAGGCUGUCUGAAAGCAGUGCUUCCCCUCAGUCAAAGCGCCGGUUUUAUGAAUCUGCCCAAAUGCCCAGACUGCUUUUACACUUGGAGAAAAAAACACCAGUCCACAGUGGCUCUUCCUCUCCUGUCACCCUCACACCUAGUAAAGAAGGGGUUGCAGUGUUUGACCGCAGAAGGAGUAAUGAACUGAAUGAGAAAAGCAAUCCGUGCUUUAAUAAUUGCUUUGUUACAAGUCAACGCUUUUGUGCAUUUAUACCAGACGUUUAGCCUAUGAGAAGCAUUUCAGUUUUGGUGCUUUAUAUUCCGUCUGAACUGAUUUUGGAGUGCAUAACCAGUUAAUAAUGACAACUACUUGACAUGCACACUUAUCCAGAGAGGACGAAGGUUCCUCCUCUUUGGACUACAGCUCAGCCUUCAACACGAUUAUCCCCUCAGACUGAUUUCAAAACUGCGUGACCUUAGUCUCGGCUCUGCCCUCUGCAGUUGGAUCCUCAGCUUUCUGAUGCACAGGCUGCAAUAAGUGUGAGGAUAGGUAACUGCACCUCCUUCACAAUAACAUUCAACACUGGUGCCCUCAGCCCCCUACUGUACUCACUACACCUACAACAGUGUUGCCAAAUUCUGCCCUCUAUAAGUUCGCUGACGACACCACUGUAAUGAGACGGAUAUCUAACAACGACGAGUCAAAAUAAAGAAGGGAAAUCGAGGGCUUGGUGAUGUCGUGCAAUGAAAACAAUCUGUCUCUCAACGUUGGCAAAACUAAAGAACUGAUCAUCGAAUUCAGAAGAAAGAGAGGAGAACACACCGCCAUCUACAUCAACGGAACUGAGGGUGAGAGGGUGAAGAGCAUCAAGUUCCGCGGAGUGAUGAUAACCGUCGACGUCCGUCCUGGACUUCCACGUAAAUGCGAUAGUCAAGAAGGUGUAACUCCUCUUCUUCCUCAGGCGGCUCAGGAAAUUUGUUAUGUCCAUAAGGUCCCUCACCAGCUUCUACAGAAGCACCAUUGAAAGCAUACUGUCCGAGUGCAUAACAGCCUGGUAUUGCAACUGCUCUUCUCAGGACCGUAAGAAACAAAGAAGGUUAUGUGCACAGCCCAGACCGUCACGGAAGCCAACCUUCCAUCCGUGGACUCUAUUUACAUGGCUCGCUGCCACGGAAAGGCGGCCAAUGUCAUCAAAGGCCAUCGCACCCCGAUAAUGACCUCCUACAACCUCUUCCAUCAGGCAGAAGAUACAGAAGCCUGAACACGCACAAGCAGGUUCAGGAACAGCUUCUUUCUGGCCGUUAUCAGACUGUUGAAUGGACUCUAGCCUCAAAUAAUGUAACCUGCAAUGUAACCUGUAUGCUUCUUAAGUCUUUUUGAACUGUACAUCCUUUGCAUGCUGUAAUCUGCCUGUACCACUCAUAAACAAAACUUUUCACUGUAUUUCAGUACACGUGACAAUCAAUCAAUCAAUCUUGGAAGUGCAACUGAUAGUGCAGCCUACUGAUACAAAUUGCAAUCACUUCCUGAGAGGGUAGGGUGUUUGGAAAAGUGAAGGGGUUCAGCCAGAACAUUCCAGAGUAUGGGCUGAAAUGAUCUGUAGUUUUGCAGAUAAUAAUGAUACUAAUGUGGCAUCUGAAAGAGGGCAGAAUCAAAGGAUGCAUUGAGGAAUAAAGAGCUGAAUGAGAUUGUGGAGACAAGGAUGGGGCAAGGACAUACUGAUUUAUAUACGGACAAAAGAUUUGUAAAAUUAGUUCUUAGAUACUUCACCUCUGAGAUUGGCAGGCAUUGCAGUAAAUAAUGAAAUGGGACUAAGUAUGCAAUAAUGUGUGUUUCUGUAGAUAGAUGCGAUAAGUAUGACAGCUGGUACGACUGUAAUUGUAUUGCAACAAAUUGCUGUUAUGUUUUUAACUAUUUCCGUGCAGUUUUAGGAUGAGAUUAUUUGAUGGAUCAUUGGCAUAAUUUUUAGGAUGACAGUUUUGAUUUACAUUUUGUAUUGGAGUUGUUACGUUAACUUUGAGUCAAAUUACCGUUUCCAGAUUUGACUUUAUCAAAAUUCUAUAGAAUAAAUAUCAUGUAACAAAAUGAAUGGUAGUUUGAAAAACUGCAGUCAUGGUUCACUUGUUUAAUCAAGGAGACAAAACUUGGACAAAAGUGGUCAUUUUCCGGAAAUAGUCAAUAUCAGGGGCGGCACAGUGGCUCAGUAG